GACUAUCUGUGCCUGCAGGGCUGUGAAUGUCAACUUAACUGAUUCCUUCAGGCUGCCUUCUUUUUUAUAUUCGUCUUUUCUUCCCGUCUGCCACACCUGCCUGCCAAGUUGCAGCUCUGAUGGGCGCGGCUGGGACCGGAGCCCAAAUCUCUGUUUUGACUCGCUUGGGAAAGUUGAGCGAAAAGACACAAAAGAACCAGCGACUUAGGAGAACAUCCCCCUGCACGCUCAGCGCAUCAGCCUCACAUACCGCAUCGUUCCAUCGCUGAAGCAGUCGCUCCAUCCCAAAGAAGAAUUUGAUUGAUAGUUGCUCGAGCUGACUGAAGAUAAGAUGGGAUGGACGAGUUAACAAGACACAUGGAUUUCUCAGGAGAAAAGGUUGUGACAGAAACUAUAACGUCCACAACCAGACUGACUUCUCUCCCACCAAAGGGAACCAGUGGAUCAACUCACAGGAAUAUGUCCAGCAGUGGUGGAGGGCUGGGCUUGGAGAAGAAUGUCUUAACCCAGAACAGCAGUGGAACUUACUUCUCUUCAAUCUCUACAGGUGUGAACGCCAGUGGCUACAGCUCCUCCUCGGGGAUCUAUCUGGGUGGAGACUCCUCAGGAGGAGGCGAGGGUGGGGGGAGCUACAUAGAUGGAGAGGGGUAUGGAAGCGGGGGAGGAGGAAGCGGCGGGGGAAGUUAUCUUGUGAGCUCUGUAUCAAAGGUACGGUCCAGCUCAAGCGGUGCCAGGAGAGGGCAGACUGCUGGCUUAUCAGGAGGCCUGUCGCCAGCUUUCCGGGAGAGGAAGACCAUAUCCAGCCGCUCCGGAGGUUACGAUGGAAGUUCCAGUGCUAAUUCCUCACCAGAACUUACACGCAAAGAUUAUGGAAACUACUGCUCCAGCACCUCAAGAGGGAGGAGCGAAAGCAGAGAGAGUGAGAUCAGAGUCAGAUUACAAAGUGCCUCCCCCACUGCCGGAAGAUGGGCAGAAUUGGAUGAUGUGAAGAAGCUGCUGAAGGAACGCUCCAGCAGUGUCAGCCCCACUCGCUCCUCAAGUGCCUCCACCACCCUGCCUGUCCCUAAAAAGGCCAGCGUAGAAACCAAGACCAUCUCAGUGGGCACUCAGUCAGCAUCAACUUUAUUUGGCUCUAGUGGUCGAUCAGGCGGGUUCAACACCAUUGACAUAUCUGGUCUGUAUGAUACAAGUCUGACGACUGGGCACCGUGAUACUGGUGUCCAAACAGGCCAAUAUGAUAUCACGGUAAUUUCAGGCCAGUAUGAUACUGGUGUUAAAUCAAGCCAGUAUGAUGGCAGUCUGAAAUCAGGUCAAUAUGAUGGCAGUCUGAAAUCAGGUCAAUAUGAUGGCAGUCUGAAAUCAAGUCAUUAUGACACUGGUCUGAAAUCAGGACACUAUGAUGUAAGUCUCAAAUCAGGGCAAUAUGAUACUGGUCUAAAGUCAAGCCAGUAUGCUACCAGUGUGAGAUCAGGCCAAUAUGACACACUGGACUCUGCAUUUCCUGCUUUCCCAUGGCCCACCUCCACACUGCCCUCCUCCUCCACAACGGCUGUCGCUGGCAACAGCAGCAGCUACACCUACCAGGCCAGCCAGGUCGGCACCAACAACAUGCCUGGAGGCUCCUCGCCGCUCACUCCCACAUCCCUGUCAGUUUAUGGCUUUCAGAAUAAUCUGGCACCCACCUCUAGCGGUGUUCUCACCACCAGUGGCGCCAACAUAAAUGCCAGCCUUGGAGGUUAUGGUGUUCAGAAAAAUGUCUCAAAUGGGACAGGUGUUAUCAGCACUGGAGUCUCUGCAACCACUAGAUCCCAAACUGAUGAUGCUUAUAAGAGAGACUAUAAGUUUAUGGUCUCUGAAAAGGAGAAUGUUCAAGCCAAGAAGGACACAGAAACUCUCAUUUUGGCCAAAGACAGUGGGAAGCAGUUCACCAGUAGCAGCGGUGCUCUUGUAGGAGGUUCACUGUCAGGAGAUUCAAUAAAAAAGGAGAAGCUUAUUUCUAGCUAUAUUGACACCGUCCCCUUGAAGACAGAGACUGGCAACUCCUACUAUGGAUCAACUGGAGUUUUAAUGAAAGACAAAGCCACCUAUGCAGAGAUUCGCAGGGACAGUGGCGUCUUUGGAGGUGGAGGAUUCUGCUGCUGCUCUGAUGCGUGUUGCUCCUGGUGGAAAUGGCUGCUGGGUCUGCUCCUCCUCUCCCUGCUCCUGCUGGGACUCGUGUUUGGUCUGAUUGCACUGGCUGAAGAUCUGAGGAAACUGAAGAACCGAGUGGCGACUCUGGAAUCUGAGGCCUCAGCUACUUCUGCUCGUGUCAGUCGACUAUCAGGUUCCUCCAAUGACAUCAACUCCUACUUGUAUGGCGGCGGUGGUACCGAUUCUGACACCACACUUACCCUGGGAGGUGGAGACUCAGACUCCAGAACACGAAUUGGCAUUGCUGCUGGUGCUGCUGGUGCUGGUGGUACUGGUGGUACUGGUGGUACCAGUGGCACCUUCAGUGGCACCUCCAGUGGGGCUUCCAGUGGGGCUUCCAGUGGCACCUCCAGUGGGGCUUCCAGUGGCACCUCCAGUGGCAUGGGUGUUGUUAAUGGUACUGUAGGUGUCAGUGGUACUGGUGGUUCUCUGGGAGCCGGCACCAGCUUCAGUGGCGGCUCUGCCAGUUCUGGUGGUAGUGGUGUCAGUAGUGGCACCACGCUCUGGACCAGCGAGAGUGGAAGAUACAUAGAUGGUAUUGCUCUUCAGAGGACGAUCCACCACAUGUUAAUAUCUGAAAUGCAGUCGCAGGCUUUCCUAGAUUUUCUAACAUCUUCAGUGAGGGGAGUGAGAGGACUCCCUGGACCUAAAGGGGAUUCUGGAUCUAAAGGAGAACCUGGUUUCCCUGGAAUUCCAGGCCCACCUGGUGCGAUUGGGCAUGCUGGUCCCGAGGGUCCUAAAGGACAGAAGGGAAGUCAAGGUGAACAUGGAAUAGAUGGGCAACCAGGUACCAGGGGCAGAGAGGGUCCAGCUGGGCCCAGAGGUGAGCCAGGACCUUCAGGAUUUGGAUUAAAAGGGGAUAAAGGUGCGCCGGGAGAAGAUGGUGUUCCUGGUUCUACUGGUCCCCCUGGACAAAAAGGUGCACAGGGACUCCCCGGGCUUCUUGGGCCACAAGGUGAACCAGGUCCUCAGGGUUUCCGUGGCGAAGCAGGAAUACCUGGGGCUAAAGGUGACCGGGGCCUUGCUGGAUUUCAAGGACUCAAAGGUGAAACUGGUGACAGAGGUGCCAGAGGCCUACAAGGUGAACCUGGUUUACCAGGUCUACCAGGAUCAGCUGGAGAGAAAGGAUCCAUGGGACUUUCAGGACAAGAAGGAUCAAGAGGUGACCGAGGACUUCCCGGACCUCCUGGAAUCAGAGGUCCUUCUGGACCUCCUGGAGAUGCUGGACUUCCAGGAACACCUGGACUUCAAGGACCCCCAGGGAUACCAGGGAAUCCAGGUCAACCUGGGGUUAAAGGUGAACCUGGCCAGGCAGGAAGAAUCAUCAACGCAGGUGACUCUGCUUCAGUUGGUAUCCCAGGACCACCUGGGCCUGCUGGUCCUCCCGGCCCUGCCGGACCUCCAGGAUUAUCAGGUCCCAUCGGCCCUGCUGGUCUUCCUGGCCCAUCUGGUCCUAAAGGUGACAGGGGAUAUAAGGGAGAUCAAGGAGAACCUGGAAUAACAGUAAGAACCAGUGAGACCCUAACCUCGUCCACAGCAAGACAGGUUGGUACUGGUGCACAAUCAGGACUGCCUGGUCCUCCUGGUCUACCAGGUCCACCUGGGCUUCCUGGACGUCCAGGUGAUUCAAGACAAGGACCUCCAGGACCACCUGGACCUCAGGGCCAGCCAGGUUAUGGAAGACCAGGACCUAAAGGAGAUAAAGGAGACUCAGGCUUUUCAUCCAGCUCUGGAACAUUUUAUCAAGGACCACCUGGACCUCCUGGGAUUCCUGGGCCUAAAGGAUCAACAGGUUCUCCUGGACCACGUGGAUACCAAGGUGAACCAGGACCAGCAGGUGCACCUGGCACUCCAGGAAGCUCUGAGGGAGUGCUAAGAUAUGGAGGAAAUGCCAUCUCUGGACCACCAGGGCCGCCAGGACCUCCUGGACAUCCAGGACCACAAGGGACCAAAGGGGACACUGGAGCUCCUGGAAUCCCAGGGACUUCAAGAGUAACCCAAGGUCCCACUGGUCCUCCAGGUCCUCCUGGCCCCCCUGGUCAGCCGGGCUCCUUUUCUUCUUCCAGAGAGAUGCAGCUGUACAUGACCGAUUAUCUGAGCAGAUUCAGACAGAGUGGUAUACAAGGCCCUCCAGGUCCACCUGGGCCUCCAGGACUCCCCGGAACCUUCUCAGGCUCUAUAGAUGACAUCUCUGCUCGUAUUAUAGCAUACCUGCGGCGUUCAGAUUCAGGCUUCAGCUUUGGUGUUCAGGGUCCUCCAGGACCACCUGGUCCUCCUGGACCUGCCUCUGGAUCCUUGACAGUCAAUGCUCUCAUCACCAUGCUCCAGAGAGAUGAUGUAAGGAGAUAUUUGUCAGGACCACCAGGCCCACAAGGACCACCAGGACCACCAGGAUCAUCAGUUGGAUUUUCAAGCAGCUACAGGAUAGAGGACGUAGCCACAUAUGUCUUCAACAUCAUGAAUGAAAGAGGGAUUGCUAGAGGUCCACCUGGGCCACGGGGUCCUCCUGGGCCUCCUGGAUCUUCUGGUGUAGGAGGCUCCGGCUCAACAACCGUUUCGAUUGACUAUUCUGCGCUGAUCAGAAACCCAGAGUUCCGCUCAUGGGUCAGUUCUGCUGUACAGCAUGGUCCUCCUGGUCCUCCAGGUGUGCAAGGCCUACAGGGCCCUCCUGGCCCCCAGGGACCACCAGGAGUCUCAACUGCCACUGUGUAUGGGGCUGGAAGUCGUGGCUACAGUUUAGAGGAUAUUCAGCGUUACCUGCAGGGUUCUGAGUUCAGAGGUCUUCCAGGACUUCCAGGCCCUCCCGGCCCUCCAGGUCCUCAGGGAGCACCAGGCAGUUACACAGCAACAGCUUCUUACAGAGGAAACUUUCCUCGUGAGAGCAUUCAUGCUGAAAUUCAGGAGUAUCUGAGCAAUGACAGUAUUCGACGUGCCAUUGUGGGCCCACCAGGACCUCCAGGCCCAAGGGGUCAGAAGGGAGAACGUGGAGAGCCAGGUUAUGUCCAGGGUUAUGCACAGAGCCAGAGCUACUCACAGGGCCAGGGCUAUUCACAGGGCACCUCUCACCACGGCUCUCAGCAGAGAGAGAUUGAUGUCAGCAAGCUAACCGAGACACUGGACUACUCUAACGUUGCCACGAAAGUUACAGAGUAUAUCAAGAAUCAAGGCCUGCUGGAGGAGUAUAUGGUUGGAGGUCCUUUGAGGAUGAAUGUACGAGCAAUUCAAGGCCCUCCUGGCCCACCUGGUCCCCCCGGACCACCUGGUUAUAGUCGUGUCAUUGGGUCCUACGGCAAUGUCACAACCGAUCUCAUGGACUUCUUUAGAACUUAUGGCACCAUCCCCGGCCCUCCAGGGGGCCCAGGACCAAGGGGGGAGAGAGGGUAUCCAGGACCCAAAGGAGAUAAGGGCGAUCCAGGACAGCCAGGUUUACCUGGAAUACCAGGGGCAUAUACUGUCCAGAUUCCACAUAGAGUGCAGACGAGGGAAGCAGCUGCAGCAGAAAAGAAGGUGGCAGAUCGGGAUCAGCAACAUCGUCAAGCCAACGGUGGCUGAUCUACGUCUGGAUCACAAUUUAAGCUUUACUUAUUUUUUCCUUUUAUGUGUUAAAUUCUAGCAAUGCAAGAGGGCAAAUGAUCUUUAUUGAUGCCUUUUGUUGACAAAUCAGUUUAAGAAAAUAAAAAUGCAUUAAUCUAAAAAAAAAAAAAAAAAAAAAAAGGCUUCAGUGGAGAUGCUGGUCCACGUUUUUGUGACAAAGAUCUCAAUCUUUUGAUAAGGGGGUGUAUAAUGUUUACCAAGUUAGAAGCUUGCAUUCAUUUUUCCAGCGGCAGCUUUGGUCAAGAGAAAAUUCACGCAGUUGCUUUAUUAUUUUUAAAUCUUUUCCGCUGAAUGUAAGGUGUAUUUUUUUAUCUUUGCUGUCAUUUUAAGAUUAUAUUCUUUUAAGGUCUAGAUAAGUGAUAUAAAACAUCCAUUAUACAUUAAACCCACAUAAAUGGCAACAGUUAGCUCUUUAAAUGCAUAAAGCAUCAUUCAAACGUGACUUAGUCUCAGUCAGGGUCACUAUAAGAAGCAGGUUAUCUCAAAGGUUUGUUGGUAUUAAAAAAAUAAAAAUGUUUCUGUUAGAGAGUGACUCAGAUAACCAGUAAGACAGGACUGAUUAAGUUGUAUAUUUUUUUAUAAAAGAGCACUGAAUUUGAUUUUUUUUUCUGUAUUUUGAGAAGAUAUAAUUAUAAAAUGUUUCCAGUUUGUUUGACAUGAUUGAACACAACUUUUGAUAAACAUUUGAAAGACACAAAAAUAAAUCUAUUUUUGAGA